AACAGUGUAGGAGAGAACAGUGACUAGCGCCGCUGUCAAACCCAUCUGUAACAUGUGAUUGUGUUGUUGUGAUUGUUUAUAAACGUGACAAUGAUAAACGCGGUCCUAGUCUUCAACAACUACGGUAAGCCUAGACUUAUGAAAUUUUACACCCACUAUCCAGAAGUGAAACAACAGCAGAUUCUAGCGGACAUUUUCCAAGCUGUGUCUCAGAGAACUAGUGAUAACUGCAACUUCAUAGAGCGGAGUUGUCGGUUGGGAGACGACCUGAGGAUCAUGUACAGACACUUCACUACUCUGUACUUCGUGUUCUGCUGUGACGCGUCCGAGUCGGAGCUCGCGAUCCUAGACCUGAUCCAAGUGUUCGUGGAAGCGCUAGACAAGUGUUUCAAGAACGUGUGUGAGUUGGACCUCAUCUUCCACGUGGACCGCGCGCAUCACAUCCUAGAUGAGAUCGUGAUGGGAGGCGUCGUUCUGGAGACGGACAUAGACGAGGUGAUUACGAGGUACGAGAACCAGAGACAAGCCGAGUACAACGAGAACAGAGUGACUCCAGUCAUCUCCAUGCCAUCCAUACCUACCAUAAUCAGGGACCGACUACCUAGCCUGCAGGACUUCAAGAUGCCGGACGUGGCCUACGCAGUGCGUGACAUCGGCGGCUUAUAACACUUUGUUUACUGUUUGUUUUUUUAUAAUGUUUGAUAAAUAAUAAUAGUAGCCUA